AUGACAUAUGAUUGUAUUGUUAUACUUGGAGGUGGUGCUGAUUUAAAUGGAUCUCCAUCAGCUUGGGUAUGUGCUCGUCUUGAUCGAGUCAUUGAAAUGGCUUCAUCUGUAUCUUAUUUUUUGGUUUUAAGUCGUUGUACGACACAUCAUCCGCCUGUACUUGAUAAAAAUUUAUUUCCGAUUGAUGAAGCAACAGCUAGUGCUGCUUAUUUUGCUCGUCAAUGUAUUAUGGAACCGAUGGACUUGCAUCGUUUAGCUGUUAUUACAAAUGAUUUUCAUAUGACUUGA